AUGUCAGCAACAAAACCUUUAAAAUUUGAAAAAGCAAAUUUAUUGUACAUUAUUCACAGUAAUAAAGUAUUAAAUACAUAUGUAAAAGAAAAUAAAAUCAUUGAAAUAUUUAAAUAUAUCAAACAAGCAAUCAAAGAUAAGACAAUCACCACAACACUUAAGCCAAAAUCACUAAGUUUACAAUUAAUUCAAAAAUUAGUGAAUCUUCGAGUAAAUCUAGAAGAUAACAAACUAAUAGAUCAACAUGGAAUUCAUCAUUUUCAUUCACAAGAUCAGGCACUCGAGACUAUUAAACAAAUGCAUGAAGUUUUAAUUAAUGGCCAUCACACAACAACUUCUCUACUGUUUACAAAAUUAAAAAAAGAGUGUUCAUGUCCAAAUUUGUACACUCUUAUUAACAGUGUUAUGCGCAAAUGUGAAGAUGAAGAAUGUAUAAGGAGAAGAAAGAUAGAAAAGGUUGAUCAUGUCCAAAAUGAAUUGGUUAAGGAUAAUAAUCUUCAAGUUGCAGAAAACAUCAUGUCAGAAUCAGAAGCAAGUCAACUUAAAGAAGAACUCAAAAAUGCAAAGAAGCAAAUGGAAGAUAAGGACAUAAUAAUAAAUCAACUAAAAGAAAAUAACGACAAACUUAAUAAUGCAUUAAUAUCUAGCAAUAAGAAUAAUUCAUUGUUACAGGAUAACAUCAAUAAGAUAGUAGCGAAUAAUCAAGAUCAAAAUAACCAAUACAAGAUCAACAAUAUGGUAAUAACUAAUCUUCUCCGCAACACUGAUUUUCCGACCGCGAUACGUGAAAUUGAAAAGGAGUAUGUACUAUUUACCGGCGAUCUUUGUUAUGAAUGCAUAAGUUGUGUUUCCAAAAUAAGAAGAAAGUUACUUUUAUUGAUUUCUCCAGAUAAAAAUGCAUUAAAUAAAUUGGCUUCCACUCUCGCUGCUCAAAGAAUGAACAAACAUUUUGAAGUUGUCAACCAGCGUAAUAAGGAAUGUACAAUAAUUACUAAGAACCCCUACAACUGGAUUAGCCAACAAUAA